AUGGCCGCUGUUGACGAUUUUCGUUUGAUUGAGAGCAAUGAUCCCGCCGAGAUCCAUGCGCAGUUUGAUCACCUAAGAUCUCAGUGUCCUGUGGCACACACCUCCGAGAAUGGAGGAUUCUGGAUGCUUUCUCGAUACGAAGAUGUCAAGAAUUGCGCUUCUGACUCCCGUUCAUUCAUAUCUUCUGUGAAGGCAGUCAUUCCAAGUGACCCACGCGGCAUUCGCCGGCCGCCACUGAACACUGAUCCUCCGGCCCAUACACCCUACCGGACCGCUCUCGAUCGAACCCUAAAACCAGCUAGAAUUCUACGCCUCGAGCCGAUCCUAACAGAACAUGCGGAGCGUGAGUUUGCCAAAGUUUUACAGAAGGGCAAGGCAGAUAUAUGUGCCGAGUUUGCCGCAUCGUACGCCGCUUGGGUUGAAGUCAGCUGGUUGAAUCUCUCCGAUGAGCUAGCACCUAAGUUGGCCGAAACGGCCUCAAAGUGGAUCAAUGCCUGGCGAGAGCAAAAUGGCUCCGAGACAACAAUCCAUUCGGAGACAAUGUACGACAUGGCAAAAGCUCUAUUCCAGGACAGACGGAAUUUCCCUAGAGAUCCCGAACAAGACCCUGCCUCCUCUCUAUUGCUAGAAAAGGAUGCUGAAGGACAGCCAUUAUCCGACGAACUGUUAAUUGGUUGUCUACGCCAGUCGCUAGUAGUUGGCAUGGUGGCUCCCCCGAUCCUCAUCGGAAGUAUGUGCAACCAUCUAUCUCGCGAUAAGUCUUUGCAGCAGGCUCUUCGGCAAGAUUCCUCACUCAUUCCGGCUGCUGUAGAAGAGUUCGUUCGUCUCUCCAUGGGCGAUUGA